CAUAGUAGGAUUUGUCGCGGGAUAGGCAGACCGUCGGAAGUUUGUGGGAGAUGGGCUGAAAGUCCAGCAGAAAGCAGACCGAACAACACUGCUGCACAGGAGUUUCACAGCUGCUUAUAAGCGUGGUAAUGCUUAGUCUCAGAUAUGCCGUACGUAGAUCGUCAGAAUCGGAUCUGUGGCUUUCUAGACAUCGAGGAAAUGGAGAACAGUGGCAAGUUUUUACGACGCUACUUCAUUCUGGACAGACUGGAGGUCAGUCUGGUGUGGUACAUGGACAACCCUCAGAAUCUUCCUGAAGGAACAUCCAACGUCGGCUCCCUAAAACUAACAUAUAUAUCCAAGGUUAGCGAUGCCACCAAAUUGCGUCCAAAGGCGGAGUUCUGCUUCGUCAUCAACGCUGGAAUGAGGAAGUUUUACUUGCAGGCGAAUGACAAGCAGGAUUUAGUGGAGUGGGUCAGCGCACUCAACAACGCCACCAAAAUCACAGUGCCAAAGUCAGGCGAGCAGGUGGCUCAUAAUACAGCAGAAGCGUGUGUGGACAUGUCGGGCACCACAAAACAAGUGUCCUACAAGACCGAGAUCAUCGCAGGAGUGCCCAUCAUCACCACAACACAGGAAAAGGGUGAAGAUCAGAAUGGUGCAGACAGGAGCGGGCUGAGGAAACCUCAUGGUCCGCUGCCGUAUUACCUGAGCCGGAGUAACCAGGACCAGUCGGUCAUAAAAGCCGGAUUUUGUGUCAAGCAGGGAGCUGUGAUGAAAAACUGGAAGAGAAGAUACUUCAUGCUAGAUGACAAUGCAUUCAGCUACUUUAAAUCAGAAAUGGACCGAGAACCGUUACGAGUUGUUCCUCUGAAAGAAGUUAAUAAGGUGCAGGAGUGUAAACAAAGUGACUUGAUGAUGAGGGACAAUCUUUUUGAACUGGUUACUACCUCAAGAACUUUCUACAUUCAGUCGGACAGCCCAGAGGAGAUGCACGGCUGGAUCAAGGCUAUCUCUGGGGCCAUAGUGGCCCAACGGGGUCCUGGACGCUCAGCAGCCUCUGAGCACGCUGAACCCACCUCCAUGUUCUACAACAGCGAACCGUGUCUCCCAAAUCCUCGCUCACCCCUCCUCACCGAACUCCAUUACCCAGAAUGCCGUCCCCCCUCGGGCCCUCAGCAUGGCAUGGGAGGGGCCAGACCUGAACAGCUUGCCGCCUGGGGCUCGAGUGCGCCUGUCGCUCCAGGAGAUGCCCCAAAUCUUCAAGUAAAUGUUGAUGACUCCUCACCAUGGCAACAGAGAAGCAAAGUAAUCCAGCCUCCGGUUUGCCCUAAAGAUGAAGAGCGGCAAGUUACUGGGGUGUAACAAGGUGUAUAUUACACACACACACAUCACAACAAACUAUUGACGUCAAAUCAGAACAGGGACUCGAGCCCAGUGUAUCAUGGGAUAUGGAGGACUAUGGAAUUUGGAGUUUUCCGUGGUCAUUCUCAAGCCUUUCAGAAGACGUAUAACACACAUUUAUAAACCAGACAAUUUGUUAAAGAGGCUAUAUAUAGAAUAAUUUAAAUGUAUGAAUCGCUUUUUUAUUGGCAAUGUUUGAACAGCUUGUAACGUAACUUAAAAAAAACCAGACCUUCCCUAAUUUCCUAGGUUGUCUGCGAGAGCCUGUAAACUGUUUUUUUAUGUGAAGGACUGGGAAGGUUUUUGCUGGGGAAAUCGAAAGGAUGUGAUGUUUCAAGCCCAAAGUAUACUUAGGCCGUCCCCAUUCUCCAAUGGUCCACUCCGCACACUGUCCUGUCCUGUUUUUGUGUCCGCACGGACUGUGCACGUACUAUAGUGCAUGUGCGAGUGGCUUGAGUGCUUGAACAUGGCAAACGCAUCUUUCCACACUCAUGAUUCGAAGAGUAUACUUUUUAAGUGCACUAUCUAAUGGACUGCUGUUUUUAACGCUCUGUUCCUCUGUGUGGACAGUGCGUGGACCGUUGCGGUACAGUAGGUGGAUGGCCAAAGUAUACUUUGGGCUUUACGCUCACUCUCUUGAGCCUCUCUUCUGUUCUAUGGCGCAUGAAUUAAAGGCUUAUACAAUGUUCAGGAUAAGGCUGAAAGACCUAUUCUGUACUGUUAUGUACAUCAAUGUGUCAUGCAAAGAAAAGGGAUUCAUUCAAACUGUAGUCUCACAUAGUCAGAUCUAUUUAGUCCAUAGUCUCAAAUAUAGGCCUACUUUACAAUCAAAAUAUAUCAUAACAGUGUAAUUAUUAGGGGUGUGACGAGACGCUCAUCUUUUUUUUUGCACAAAUUUUAUAGAAAUCCUCAAUGAUAAAUUCAUGAGUGGAAAAAUAGUCUGCAGGUCCAUUUUGAAAUGUUUUAACGAAUAAUCUUGUAAUGAAUGUCAUUUCAGUUCUACUUUGAGUAUGAAUUAUAAAAUGCAUGGAACGACAACAAUAUACAAGCACUGUAAGGUUUUGCCACAAACUCAACUGACUCGCUUUUCUCCUGUAUGAUUUCACAUGAGUCUCUUCAGAUCCCCCCUUUCCAUAUGUAAAACACUUUGAGUUCCCAGAAAAGCGAUAUAUAAAUGUAACAUAUUAUUAUUAUUAUGAAUUAUGAGCUUCCAGAACUUCUGAUGGAGGCUGUGUGUGACCUCCUAAUUGAACUCUUCCACAAAUUGAACAUAGAAAUUAAAACAGUAUAAAUAGUGCAAGUACAACCAUUAUCAAUGUACUCCCAGUAUUCAAAGUACAAGCAGAGACCAGAGCCACAACUACACAACCCAGAGAUGGAUUUGAUAUUGGGAGACAGGCUUUCAUACAGCCUAAGUUGCACGCAUCAGGGAGCUUGCGUUUUACUUUCACUUUUAAAUUUGUCAUUGCGCGUACUCCGUAGGGGCAGUGCUGAGUGUGCAUUCUACAAGAUAUGGGGCCGUUAACACAGAAUGUGUUUUUACUUUGUAAAACGUGAGAUGCUGGCAGUGGAUUGGGGGGGAAAAACACCAUGUCUCAAGAUGCUUUUUUUAAAGUUGAUAGAACUGAUUUUAACUUCCACGUAUUUAUCUUGGCACGAUAUCUCAUCACAACCCUAGUAAAUAUUAAUUACCUCAACUGUCCACAUGAAGCCAGUGAAUUGCAGUGCUUGUGCAAACAAGCUGCAGUACACGUAACGGUGUCGCUAAUAACAAAGGUUUCUGAAUUCUACAUAUAGCUCCUUUAAGACAAAACGUUCAUACCAAUAGCCAGUAAUUAUUUUCCUUUUAUGGCCAAUAGGCGAUAUUAUGGCUGAAAUUAUAAAUAUAUUGUGCCCCCCCCCCCCCCCCUUUAAAAAAAAAAAAAAUCAGGCAUCAAAACUCUUAACGUAUGAUUGAAAAUAUGGAUGUUUAAUACUUUUGCUAGGCUAUAUGAUUUAAA